AUGUCUCGAGCCGCGCACGUGUUUGUACUCGUGACCGUCAUAACACUACUCGCCGCGCUCGUCGCGUGCGUGGAAGAAGGAUGUACGGACUGGGAGGGCAAAUCUGUAGCACAUGGAUUGCUAUACGUGCCCGGACCUGGCGCCUGUUCACUGUGUGUCUGCUAUCACGCCGAGCCUAUGUGGUGUAAGGCCAUAUACUGUGAUCCACCAUAUUUCUGUAAAAACUUCCGCGUCGGCGAGCGGUGCUGCGAGUUCGAAUGCCUCGACCCUCCUGGCGAGGACACGCGCUAUCGUGAGCGACAACGACUGCGCGCCCUCAUCCUGGCCGGCAACUCCUCCGCACCGCACUUGACGCCUUCACUCCAGCUCAAGGCCGGGAUCUCAUUACUUGCGGUCGCAAUGGCUAGACUCGUAUGA